AUGAGUUGCAGACAGUUCAUGUCCUCCCCGUGGAGCCGCAGCAGCUCUGGGGGCAGUGGGGGCAGCAUGAUGUCCUCCUUCAGCCGCAUGAGCUGCUCGGGAGCUAGUGGAGGAGGGGGCCGGUUCAGCUCUUCCAGUAGCUAUGGAGCUGGGAGCUCUGGGGCCUGUGGGAGGGGAGGUGCUGGCAGUUUUGGCUCCAGCUACGGUGGGAUGUCUGGGGGAGGCUUUAGUGCUGGUAGCUUUGAUGGACGUUCUAGGGGCUUUGUUGGUGGUUCUGGAGGAUGCUUUGGGGGCUCUGGGGGCUUUGGUGGUAGUUCUGGGGGAGGUUUUGGAGGCUUUGGUGGUGGCUCUGGAGGAGGCUUUGGAGGUGGUUCUGGAGGAGGUUUUGGGGGGUUUGGCAGUGGCUUUGACAGUGGUGCCAGUGGUAUUCUGGGUGCUGAUGAGAAGACCGCCAUGCAGGACCUCAAUUCCCGGCUGGCCUCCUACUUGGAUAAAGUGCGGGCACUGGAGAAUGCCAACAAGGAACUGGAGAAUAAGAUUCGGGAAUGGUAUGACAAGCAGGGACCCAGGACCUUCCACAGGGACUACUCGUCCUACUAUGACACUAUCGAAGACCUCAAGAACCAGAUUGUGAACAUCACAGUGAACAGUAAUAAGACUCUCUUGGAUAUUGACAACACUCGCAUGACACUGGAUGACUUCAGGAUGAAGUAUGAUAUGGAGAACAGCCUACGAAAAGGAGUGGAUGCUGACAUCAAUGGCUUGCGGAAGGUGCUUGAAGAUAUGAACAUGCAAAAGUCUGACAUGGAGAUGCAGUAUGAGUCUCUGCAGGAGGAAAUGAUGGCCCUGAAGAAGAAUCAUGAGGAGGAGAUGAAUCAGCUGACUGGGCAGAACUCUGGAGAUGUUAGUGUGGAGAUAAAUGCUGCUCCUGGCAAAGAUCUCACCAAGAUCCUCAAUGACAUGCGUGAAGAGUAUGAGCGGAUCAGUGCUAAGAACCGCAAGGACAUUGAGGUGCAAUAUGAGACUCAGAUGAGCCAGAUGGAGCAGGAAGUGAUGACCAGUGGCCAGGAGAUGGAGUCCAACCACAAGGAGGUGACCCAGCUCCAGCGCAGCAUUCAGGAGAUGGACAUUGAGCUGCAGUCUCAGUUCAGCAAGAAAUCAGCCCUGGAGAAGUCCUUGGAAGACACCAAGAACCGCUACUGUGGCCAGCUGCAGCAGUUGCAAGGGCAGAUCAGUAACCUGGAGGGCCAGCUCACGGAGAUCCGGCAAGAGAUUGAAUGCCAGAAUCAAGAAUACAGCCUUCUGCUCAGCAUUAAGACACGGCUGGAACAGGAAAUUAAGACCUACCGCAACCUCCUUGAGGGUGGCCAGGAGGACUUUGAAUCUCAUGAAUCUGGACGAAGCCACUUUGGAGGUGGCAGAAAUAGAUAUCAAGGUGGAAGUGGAGGCAGUCAUGGAAGAGGAUCCUGGGGAGGAAGUGGUGGCAGCUAUGGUGGAGGAAGCAGUUCUGGAGGAGGGAGUGGAGGCAACUAUGGUGGAGGGAGUAGUUCUGGAGGAGGAAGUGGAGGCAAGGGAGGAAGUGAAGGCAGCUAUGGUGGAGGGAGUAGUUCUGGAGGAGGAAGUGGAGGCAAGGAAGGAAGUGGAGGCAGCUAUGGUGGAGGAAGUAGUUCUGGAGGAGGAAGUGGAGGCAGCUAUGGUGGAGGCAGCAGCUCUGGAGGAGGAAGUGGAGGCAGGAGAGGAAGUGGAGGCAGCUAUGGUGGAGGAAUUAGCUCUGGAGGAGGAAGUAGAGGCAGCUAUGGUGGAGGAAGUAGUUCUGGAGGAGGAAGUGGAGGCAGGGGAGGAAGUGGAGGCAGCUAUGGUGGAGGAAGUAGUUCUGGAGGAGGAAGUGGAAGCAGCUAUGGUGGAGGCAGUAGCUCUGGAGGAGGAAGUGGUAGUGGCUAUGAAGAAGGCAGUGGAUUCAAAGGAAGUGGAAGAUCAUCUCAGUCCCAGUCCUCUUCCUCCAAAUCUGGUGAAUGUGAUGAUAAACAAGGCUACCAGAAUCAAUAUUAG